AUGCUGAUCCAUUUGAACGAUCAAUGUGCCGAACCCAAAGCUGAUCCGUCUAAUACAAUUAUGCAAUCAGAUGAAUCCGAUGACGUUUCUUUGACGGAGCUAUUGCAAUGGUGCGCACAAAAAGGGAUCCAAGCAGGUGGAGUUCGGGUAGCAAGCAGCGAUGGGUGCGGUCGAUUCCUUCAGGCUACUGAGAGGUUUGACCCCGAGCAGCUCAUCCUGAUGGUACCUGCAGAAGCGAUCCUGGCAGAGGGUGUCGGCGAGUCCAACUACCAGGCUUCCCACUGGAUGCUUGGAGUGGCCCACCGCUUGCUUGAAGAGGACUGCCUGAAGGAAGCCUCUGCCUUUGCGCCAUAUGUCCGUCUUCUGUUUGAAGGUGAGCCUCAUGGGUUUGGUGCAAUGGCUGCUUUGCCAGGAUGCGUGGGGUCCCUAGCCCGUGCGCGUGAAACGCUUCGAUCUUCGCAAGUGGCGGAACUGUUAAGUGCCAUGCCAGACAGCAGUCCUGAGCGUGCUGUGCGCGCUCUUCAUACUGUCGACACCAGGACAGUAUAUUCUCACUCGGCGAGAGUGAGGGCGCUUGUGCCCUUCUUUGACUUUGCCAAUCACUGUGCCUAUCCGAAUGCUCGUUGGACCAUGGGCUCCGAUCGAGUGCUGAGGCUGCACUCCACCAAGCUCAUUGACAUUGGAGAGGAGGUGACCAUCUCGUAUGACAACAUCUCCAACGGGCGGUUGUUGGUAACAUAUGGCUUCGUCCUUAAUGGCAAUGGCCCUCACAGGCGAGUGGACCUCGACAUCGUCUCAGUGCAGUCAAAGGACCUGGAGGAAGCAGCUCUUGAUCAAAAACGGCCAGUGCAACUGGAAGUUUUGGAAGAUGGCUGUUUAAGAAGGCGAGCGGCAUUGCUCCCGCUGGCGAAUGCUUUCCGUGCUGCCAAUGCAGCCAAUGCAGAUGUAUUGCUGGCGGAACAUUUGCUGCAGCAGGCUAUGGAAGAGCGAAGGCAAUGGGAGGAGACCCACCCGAGGCUCCAGGAUAGCCGCUUUCUAGUGUUGUCGGCGAUGACCAUUGAGGUGCUUGGUCACUUCGUUGGCAAGCUCAAGGAUUGGAUGGAGGAUCCCACGAAGACAUCACUGAUGGUAGCCUUGGGCCCAAGGGCCGAGAUCCAUAGCGACAGCAUAGAUCAACUGGGGCCUGACGUGUGGGUGGGAAACCAGCCUCCCGCGCAGCGUGGGUUUGUCGCGUUGGGGGUGCCGAUCGGCCACCCGGAGUUCAUCGCCUGCCACUUGCAAGCCCGUCUGGCCGCGGAAGCCGAGCUCCUCGAGGAGCUCCCGCGCCUCCCCGACCUGCAAGCGGCCUGGCUCCUCCUCCUGUUCUGCGCCGCACCACGCGCACAACACAUCCUCCGUACUGUCCCCCCCUCCCAGUGCUUCGAAUACUCCACGGGGCAUGACGCGGCCAUCUGGGACACCCUUCUGGCCUUGCUUGGGGAACAACGGCCAUGCCCCCAUUUGGCAGAAGCACGCCGCUUGGCGUUCCUGCCUGGCAGACUUGGUGGCCUCGGCCUUACCAGCGCGGAGCUUUUAUCCCCCGCUGCGUAUUGGGCCGGAUGGACAGACGCGCUGGGCACCCUGCGCCCCCGCGUCCCGGACAUCGCCGCCGCCUGCGGCCGGGAGCUGCUCCAUGAGGGCGACCCGCAUGCGCCCUGCAUCCGAGAACUCGUCGCGGCUGCCGCCCGCCUCGAUGCAGCCGGCUGGGCCACCAGGCCAGCUUGGGCCCAACUCCUAGCGGCCCACCCUGUCCCCUCGCCACCGCUACAAGAAUCCGAGCCGAGCCUAUGGCGCCACGGCUGGCAACACCCCGCAGCUCUCGCUGUCACUACAUCCUUCCGAGAGCAAGAGGUGUUCCCGCCCAUGACACCGGCGACUCGUGCUUUGGUUCGCUCCCAAUCCGGCCCAGCUGCCGGGGCUUGGCUCACCGCCAUCCCGACGGAGCCAGCUACCACACUGGCACCCCACCUCAUGGCCAUCGCCCUCCGGCGCCGCCUCCGGCUCCCCCUGCCGCUCACAACAGCCAGGUGUGGACAAGUGCCAAAUACUCACGGCUGUGGCCGCCUCGUCGAUCCGUUGGGCGACCACCUGGCCGCCUGCCCUCGAACCGGCGCUCUAGCUCGCCGCGGACACCUCAUGGAGCAGGCUUGGAUCAAAAUUUGCCGUGAAGCAGUUGGGCCAGAGGGCCGCGUGGUCCCCCAACAAUGGCUCAACAGAACCACGGCGCCAGGCGUUCCUCCCGAGGACCGGCGCCGGCUCGAUCUCGUGGUCCACGGGGCCACCGCCUUGGGCGUGGCUCUAUGCUGCGAUGUGACAGUCGUCUCGCCCCUCACCAGCACAGGGCGACCUCUCCCCCGCGCGGCAACCCACGACGGGACCGCCUUGCAGCUGGCACGAGCCCGCAAGCACCGUCGGUACCCAGAGCUGCUCCGCGCCGGAGGCCACCGCUUCCUCGUGCUCGGCGCCGAACUCGGCGGCCGCUGGGACCAGGAGUGCCACGAUCUCGUGCGCACCCUCCUCGCUGUGCGAGCCCAGCGCGAACCUGCGGCCAUCCGGGCAGCCGCCAUUUCUGGCUGGCGCCGCCGCUGGUGGGCGGUCCUCGCCUGUGCGCUCCAGCGUGCAACAGCCAGCACGUUGCUGGGCGGGGUGUGGCUGGCUCCGGCUCAAACCACCGGCACCGCCCACUUUGGCAGCCGUGCUGGACUGGGCUGA